UCUCCUAUGCAAGAUAUUACAAAUAAUGAUAAUGAUAAUGCACAAGAUUCCGAUACUUCAGCUUCUACGAUUAAUGUAUUGUCAUUAAAAAGUGUUCAGUCUUCUCGCUCUAUUAGGAGAAAAAAUGUUAGUCAAAGCACUUUAACCCCCGUAAUGCCUUCGUUAAAAAAAAGUCUUCGGUCUUCUGUCCAAAAAGAUAAUGGUGUUGAAAAUACUCCCAAGCAAGAUGGUACUAUCAAAAACAAUGCACAAGACUCUAGUACCUUAAAUAAUACAUGGAUUGGAAUUCACAUUGGAAUGAAAAGAUAA